AUGGAGUCUCCGGACCACGUUGCCUCGCACCGGCUUGACCAUAUCGUCAAGCGCGUCUCGCGGGCUUGUCUGCACUGCAGACAGCGCAAGUCACGUUGUGACCUUGACAGCAAUGGCAAUCCUGGCAAGCCGCCGUGCCAGCGAUGCGUUCGCGAGCAUCGCGAGUGUGUUCUUGGUGGCUCAAAUCGGGGUGGACGUCGCAUUCGCAAGAACAAGAUCAAAAAUUUUACCCCAGCUCCGAAUCCCUCGCCAAGUAAGGACUCUGAAGCGACUGAAAGCCCGGUUACCUCAGAUGUGCGCCGGGCGCCAUCUGCUUCCUAUCCUGGACCAGUCGUCUUUCUUCCACCCAAUCCUCCUGGUACCUCUACCGCUGCCGCUGCCGCUAGUUCAGUAGCCGUUGAGGAUGAUGACCAAGCUUCAAUUGACUCUGUGCCUCGAAACCCUUCUGAUGCCUGGCAAUGUCUGACCGGCAUCGCCACUCACAGUGCAGAGGCCGCACCAGAAGGCCUUGCCAGCACCCAUGUACGGACCGAUUCUAUGUCGACGUAUAAUGGCCUACGCAGUGGCAUCGUCUCCGAUUAUAACCUCCCGACAACCGGUAUCCGAGCCUAUCGCCUCGUCCAGUCCCGGUCCCUGGACCCGGGUACAGUGUGGCAGCUAGUCACUCGCUAUGCCGAAAACUUCCACCCCUAUCUUCCUCUUGUACCACGAAAGUACUUCGAACGCUCCGCGCUCGAUGACUUUGCCAAUAAUGAAAAACACCUUCUUACUGCGGUACUCACCAUCGCGUCCAAGGACCUCGUCGACCGGCCCGAGAUCCACGAGUACUGCUCCAAGUACAUGCAUGAGCUGAUCUCGGGUAUUGCCGCCGGCGCAGAAUGCGACGUAGAAGCCGUCGAAGCUCUACUAUUGCUAGCAGAAUGGGAACCCCAGGGUCUCCGCCCACGCAUUGAGCGCGUGGGGCGUGGCGAGGAAGACCGUGCUGCGUGGAUGCAUGUCGGACUCGCGCUUCGCUCGGGCUACUUCAUCGGCCUGGAUAGGACGUCCUUCCGGGGAGAUCCGUAUGGUGACCAGGAAUCAGAGGGCCGUCGGCGGUUGGCUUGGGCUAGUUGCUAUGUUUCGGAUCGAUUGAUCUCUGUGCGUAUUGGUCGUGCAUUCUGGUCGCGUGGGCCCGGCCCGAUGACGGGUCUAUCGAGUCAGGAUUUCCCAUCGCUGCAGCCUGCUAAGGAGGGCGAUGAGGAUUAUUCAAAGAUUUAUCAGGCCAUGCUGGAUCUCACACAGUUGUAUGGCAAUGUGCACGAGGUUCUGUACUCGGGUAUGCGCACGAGUAAUCAGAUGAUGCUGAUGGGUGACUAUGUGAAAUAUGUGGACGACUUUCGAUUGGCCAUCCUGCGAUGGAAAUCGCUCUGGGGGCCUCUAGACUGCUCACCACCCAUGCGGGCGACACUGCAAUUGUCAUAUGAGUAUUUACGUCUUUACACUACUGCUUUCGCGUUCCAGGCUGCGAUCUCGCAAUCACUGGCGAAACCAAAGACGGACAGGAGCACCCAUCGGGAGCAAUUGAGAUCUACAUUCAAGAACGUGGCUUCGAUGCAGGAUUCGCGGUUUAUCUAUGAGUCUGUUGAUGCAGCAAAGGCGUACUUGACUAUUCUAGUAGACUCGGUCGAUCCAGAGAGGCAUUUGCAUUUCAUGCCUCUUCGGUUCUAUCUAUACGGGAUCUACUCUGCCGUCUUCCUCUACAAGGCCCGUUCCUUUGGUAUGAUGGUCCCUUCAGAGGAAGCCAAGGUCCAGGGUCUAGUUGCUCGGACUACUGAGGUUCUCAAGCAAGCGAGUGCUGGUCCCGACGAUAUCGGAUCGCGCUACUCUCGCCUCCUAGAGCUUCUCUGGCGUACCAAGCCGUCCAUGAGCAGCGCCAACACAUCCGCAGAGUCGCAGCAAAACAGCGACUUUUCAAUGCAAACAGCACUGCCCAAUCCAGUUACAGACCACGCAUACAUGGACUUCAGUCCUGCGAAUGAUUUCUCUUGGCUGGAUCUGGAAGCAGUGGGAGACUAUGUCUCGGGCGAUCAAAUCUCGGGUGGCCUGCUGGGUCUUGAUGCAUUCCAGAAUGGAUCUGAUCCAUACCAGUCAGGACAGGACCGGUCGCAGGUUUGGCAACCGUCUGCCUGGUUAGGUGAUAUGAGCAGCAAUCUCCUCUUUUAG